AUGGCUUUGGGAAAAUCUACCAAGAAGUUUCAAAAAAACCAUUUGAAGCGGACUAUCGAUCAGCGUAAAGCCGAGCAGAGCUACAAGAAGAAGGUUUUACACGGAAAGGAAAAGAAGAAGGAAGACAGAUACGUCGACGAAGAGGCCGAAGAAGAAAAAAAGAAGAAACGAGCCGAAAACUCAAAGGGCAUUUUUGAGAAUGGUGAAGCCGAAAGCUAUUUUGAGCAGGAUGUCAAUGAAGAUUUGGAAAUUUUAAAGAGCAAGGAACCUACUUCCGAUAAGACUUCCAGCGAAAAGAAAGAAAAGAAAAAGAACCCUAAAAAGUCUAUUUCUAAGGAUCAAGAUGACAUGAAGGAGUCUCUUGGAAGCCUUAAGGAUACUGAUCCAGAAUUUUACAAGUACCUUAAAGAAAAUGAUGAAGGUCUUUUAGAUUUUGAUCUCAAAAAUCUUGAAAGCGAUGAUGAAGGCGAUGAAGAAGAAGACAGUUCAGGUGUCGAAGAAAAUGAUGAUUACUCUGAAGAUGAAGGUGAUGAAGUUGAUGAAGGAUAUUCUGACGAUGAUAUUCCCGAUGCCAAUUUACAAGAGAUCACUGUUGCCGAUGUCGAAAAGUGGAAGAAAGAUCUUGUUUCUAACAACUCUCUUUCCACACUCAAGGAGGUUAUCCAAGCCUUAAAAGAUGCUAUUGAUUCUUCUAGCAACGUUGAAAGCUCAAAAGCGAAGUAUGUUAUUUCUGAUCCCAACGUUUUUAAUGGUCUUCUUCGCCUUUCUCUUGUUCAAAUACCAGAGACUAUCCAACACCAUAUUCCUCUCAGCACUUCUUCCAGUGGAGCGAAGCAUAUUUCUGGUGAGAACAAGAAACUUGCUGCAUUAUCGGCUCCUCUGAAAAACUUGGCCAACUGUCUGGUUACCAUUCUUAGUGAUGUCACUGACAAGGCAGUAGCUGGCCUUGUUUUGAAGAGUUUAAGCGAGAUGCUUCCUUACUUUUUGACUUUUGGCAAACAAAUCAAGGCACAAAUCGAUGUUGUUGCUAAACUUUGGGGCACCACUGAAGACGAUGAAACACGACUUUAUGCGUUUGCAUUUUUGAAGACUACAGCAGAAAACCAUUCUGUUCUGUUGGAGCCCAUUCUCAAGGCUACAUACAGCUCUCUGAUUAAAUAUAGCAAGCAGAGCAAUAUUCACACAAUGGGUGGCAUUAAUUUCCAAAAGAACUCUGCAGCCACUCUUUACGGCUUAGAUGGAAAUCUUUCUUACAGACUGGGAUUCCAAUAUAUUAGACAAUUGGCUGUGCACCUUCGAUCCAGUCUUACAAAUAAGACUCCUGAUUCAUACAAAAUUGUCUACAAUUGGCAAUACGUUCACUCGCUUGACUUUUGGGCUCGUGUUUUAAGUUACGAAUGCGAUAUUUCUAAGACUGCCCUCCGUGGUUCGGUGUCUCCAUUACAAGAGUUAAUCUAUCCUCUUGUUCAAGUUACACUGGGAACUAUUAGACUUAUUCCCACUGCACAGUAUUUCCCCUUGAGAUUCUACUUGAUUCGAAGUCUCAUUGGUCUUUCUCAGACUACUGGUGUUUACAUUCCUAUUGUUCCUUUAAUUACUGAGAUUUUCAAUUCCACAGUUAUUACAAAGAGUCCUAAAGGAUCAUCACUCAAGGCUCUUGAUUUUGAGUAUAACAUUCGUGCUAGCAAGUCUUACUUGGGAACCAAGAUUUACCAAGAGGGCGUUUGCGAUCAAAUUACUGAUCUUUUGGGUGAAUUCUUUGCUCUUCACUGCAAGAGCAUUGCAUUCCCUGAACUUGCUAUCCCAGUAAUCAUUACGUUACGACGCUUCACUAAGCGCAGCAAGAAUGGAAAGUUCAACAAACAGCUUUUACGACUGGUUGAGAGACUGGAGGAAAACUCUAAGUUUAUUCAGCAAAAGCGUAAUCAUGUUAACUUUGGCCCCCGAAACAGAGCUGAGGUUGCGGUUUUCCUUAAGGACUACGCAUGGGAAAAGACUCCUAUUGGUAACUAUGUUACUGUUCAAAGACAAGUUCGUGAAGAACGCAUCAAGCUUUUACGUGAAGCAGCUCUUGAAGAAAGCAACAACGGAAAGAAGCCAGCCACUGAUUUGGCAGUUGGCUCUUUUGAAAGUGAUGAAGAAGGUGAUGAUGCUCACGACCGCAGCGAUGUUGAGUACUCAUCUGACGAGGAAGUUGAAGAUGAAGAGAAGGAGGAUGAUGAUGUGGAAAUGAGCGAUUAA